AUGAGAUUGUCGCGCUUCGCCCUCGUCGCCGCGUUGCUGUGCACAAGUCACCUCUUCCCGGUGAAUCUUACCGUUGUUGCCAGUGACGAGAGGCAUGCAGAGAGCCGUUCUCGGCGGUUGCUAUAUGAACCUGAUGGUGCCAUGCGGUCGCGGCACCACCGGCUGUUCAACUCGUGCUGGAGUGUGCAUGAAAGGCGCUACUACCAACCCGCGUCAUCUGCUCGCACGCCAAUGACAGAGGAGCUGGCAGAGCGUCUCAAGGCGUAUGCAGAGAGGCAGGCACGGUGCAUCAAUGGCGUGAAGGACUGGCCUGAUUUCCUCUCCAAUCCCGCCAAGGGACUUCAAGUCGGAGUGGAUGCAUCCUCUGUGCAGGAAUGCUCCUACCUCUAUCAUCUCGACCCUGCCUACAGCGGUCUGGGCAACCAGCUGCUCUCCCUCGUCUCCUCCUUCACCUUCGCUCUCCUCACCAACCGCACGCUCAUAAUCAACCCGCACGCGCAGGCAGCCCUCUUCCUCUGCGAUCCCUUCGCGUUCACCCCCACCCCGUCUACCUGGAUGCCCAUGGACUCGCCCACCUUCGCUGCAUCAGAGGCAGACCUAGCGUUCUUCUGUCCGCACCACCAGGAGCAUCCACACGGCUCCCUCUCCUCGGUUCGCAUCCUGGGUCUGCUAACCGACGCAUACCUUCUCCCUGCCCUCUACCACGCUCCGCACUUACAGGCUGAGUUGGAGCGCCUAUUCCCCGACCGCCUGCCGCUGAUGCACGUGGGGCGCUACCUGCUGCACCCCGCCAACUACAUCUGGGAGGAAAUCACCCGCGCCUUCCGAGCCUACCUCGCCCCGCACCAGCACAGGGUCGGCAUUCAGAUCCGUGAGUUUCAGAAGUACGUGCCAGCUGACGACGUGCUGCAAAGGGUGGUGGAUUGCGUGGUGAAUGUGACUAAAGCGGUGGGCCCCAUAAUGGCACAUGAGGACUGGGAGAAGCUGACGAAACAGCCACCUCCCAGCAACGCCUCCCUGCUGAGCCACGUGCUGGGAGAGCAGGAUCUGCUUAUGGGGCAGAGAAACGAGACAGAGAGAGAGGAGCAAGCUAAAGCAGAGGAGGGCGAGAAGAAGGAAGGCGAGAAGGGAGAUGAGAAGAAAGAAGUCGAGGGGACAGAGAUGCUGGGAAACAGGGUCGAUGGUGGUGGUGGUGGUGGAGGGGCGGAGGUGGAGAGAGUAGCAGGUGCAGAGGGGAGGAGGAAGGGGGGGAGUGUGGGGGUGUUUGUGGCGUCACUGCGGGCGGCGUAUGGGGAGAUGCUGAGGGAGAUGAGCACAGAGGGGCGGCCAGAGGGCGGGCAGGAGAUUGCAGUCAGCAUGCUGAGUCACGAGGGAGCACAGCAGCUUAGGGAGAAGAAGCAGGCGGAGAGGGCGCUGAGGGAGAUGUGGCUUCUGUCCAUGUGUGACACGCUACUCAUAACGGACACAUCCACAUUCGGCUACAUAGCAGCAGGCCUGGCAGGCGUCCGCCCCUUCUCUCUCAACAUCGUUGCUCGCUACCACAGCGACUGGCGCAAGAACAACCGAACCUCCUGCUCCCGAACCUCCCCCGAGCCUUGCUACCUGUCGAUAUUCGACGUCAAGUCGAGGCAUAUUCAGUGCCCCAAUGUCUCACCAGUCACCACCCCUGCAGCUGUCUCCUCGCUCGUUGAAUCAUGUCCCAACUUCAGUAUGGGCCUUUCUAUUGUGCAAAGGGGCACACAAGACAGCCCUUCUUGA